UACCUCUAGGCGACAAAGGCUGGGGCUCCCCUUUCAAGCAGCCGCACACACUGUAAGAAUUCUUGCAAGAGGGAAUGUGAAUCCUGGAGCUAAUUCUGCCCAUUUCCACCAACCCCCUCCCUGAGGGGCUCAGCUGGCCGUGCUAAAAGCCACAGUAGAAAGGUGAAAACGAAUAUUACAAGAUCUUGGAAGCAUCUGAGGUUUAAUGAGGACUUUCCAGCAUUCCAGACUGCUGCCCUGCAAUGAAGCUCUGAGUCAUGGUCUUUGGGGCUAAGGUAUUGGCAACAAUGUGGAACCCCAGGACAGCCAACCUGACUAACCUUCGCUGUAACCAGGAUCCCAAAAGGGGUCUGGCAUGAAAUCAGAGCAUAGAGAAAGACUUGCUUGUUAAUGGAAACAGGAAAGAAAAAAAGGGUUUCCAACAAAUUGCAACAGACUUUCCACCAUUCUAAAGAACCCACCUUCCUUAUCGACCAAGCCGUUCUAUCUAGUGACUCCCAUUCCAGCCUUUUGCCAGAAACAGAGCAUGUCAAUCCUGCUGGAAAAAUAAAGAUAGGACCUCUGACAAGACCUGGAACAGUGAUACUCUCAAAACGGUCCAGUAGGAGAAUUAUGUCAGAAAGUCCGCACAGCCCCCCUGUGAUACCAUCCCGCAGGCCUGGAUUCCGGGUGUGCUAUAUCUGUGGCCGAGAAUUUGGCUCCCAAUCAAUUGCCAUUCACGAACCCCAGUGCUUGGAGAAGUGGCGUAUUGAAAACAGCAAGUUGCCCAAACACCUGCGGAGGCCAGAACCCUCCAAACCACAGCCUCUCAGGGGCAGUGGGUCCUACAAUCUUCAGGCCGUGAACGAAGCAGCGUUUCAAAGUUCCCAGGCUCAGCUGCUGCCCUGUGAAUCCUGUGGCCGCACAUUCUUGCCAGAUCGUCGUCUUGUUCACCAGAGGAGCUGCAAGCCGAAGGAUGAGGGGCCCAGAGCACCAAACCCCAACCGUUUUGAUGAUCCGACUGGUGCCAGGAAAGCUGCUGGUGGCAUCCCAGCCCGACCAAAGACUCUCAUCUGCUACAUUUGUGGUAGGGAAUUUGGCACUCUGUCCCUUCCUAUUCAUGAGCCCAAAUGCCUAGAAAAGUGGCAAAUAGAAAACGACCGGCUCCCCAGGGAGCUCCGCCGACCACUCCCACGGAAGCCUCAGCCCCUUCCAACUGGACAGUCCAACCAAGAGGAGCCAAGUCAAGCUCAGCUGGUGCCCUGUGCAAAUUGCGGCCGGACCUUUGCCCCAGACCGCCUUCUGGUACACCAGAGAAGCUGUAGGGUUCAACCAAGUGCACCAAAAAUUCAGAAUUUGACCUUAGGGAGGAAAGGUGGCCUGAAAGAGUCCACGAAUUCCAAGCAGCAAAGGAACAUGGCAGUGCCCACUGUGACUGAUAAGCCAGCAAUGAUAAGGCGUCCACCAACAAUCAUCUGCUACAUUUGUGGCCGUGAAUAUGGAACAAAAUCCAUUGCCAUCCACGAGCCACAAUGUCUGAAAAAAUGGCAUAACGAAAACAACUUGCUGCCCAAAGAGUUAAGGAGAUCAGAACCCAAGAAACCAGAAGUCAGGACCAUUACUGCCAAAGGUUUCUAUGAUCUCGAUGCCUUAAAUGAAGCUGCUUGGACAAGCGCCCUGAGCCAGUUGGUUCCCUGUAAUAUUUGUGGGCGUACCUUCCUGCCAGACAGACUGAUUGUUCACCAACGAUCCUGAAGAAGAGGUUAACUUUUCAAAUAGUCUUUAGAUAACCUCAGAGAAGAUUACCAUCUUGAGAAAGACAGCAUUUAAUGACCCGUUGAUGGUUUAGUUCUUUUAUUUUGCGGGCAAAAAUGACAUCUAGUAAUGGAGUUAGUAUAGCGUGAGUCAGACUCUGUGCCUCGUGCUUCCCAUACUCAGUGUGUAUAAAUCUCACAUCAACCCUACAAGGAGACGUUAUCUAUAUUUUACAUCCGAGGAAACUGGUAUUUAAAUAGGUCAAUAGCUAACUAGAGGUCACACUGGGCUGGAGUCGAGUGAAGCAAACUCGCGACCGUUGGAAUUCCAAACUCAUACUCUUUGCCAGUGCUAUUUGUGUGAUGGAUGUCAUCACAAACACAAUGAACUGUACUAACCAACGAUCUGCCAGGUGUGAUUUUUUUUUUGAAUCCAGUGUUUAGCACCUAAGGCAACUGGGAAUCUCAGCAUGCUUGUAGUUUGCCUGCUGGAAUUUUUGGUCAACUGUAGAGGUGAAAACAGAAGUCGGAACUGCCCUCGCUGUCUUGCAGAGGCCACUGUGCCUUCUGCUAAUGGUGGAAGCAGUCAAAUGGGGGAAAUAAAGCAGAAGUGCUGGUCUCAACUUUGAAAGCAGUUGCCUAAAAAAGACAUCCUUAUACACAUUUCUUUCAAAGCAUGACCAAAAAAAAAAAAAAAAUCAAAAUAAACGACUCUCUGAAGGAA